AUUAAACUAAUAACGAUUCACUUAUCAAUAAAAAAAUAUAUAUUUCGGCUUACCGAAAAAAAUGAAAGAAACGGUAGCCAAGACUUGAAGAAAAUUGUUAUUUGUUUGCUGCCGCAAUACGUUUCAGUGCAUUCGAACAGAGAAGCCAGACAGAACAAGGCUGAAAAUAUAGUCAGCUGAGUAGAAUUAUUGAAUUUCAUUUUUCAAACAUAAGAAACACAAAAAAUGGGCAUAAGACCCUUACCGGAAGCCUUGCAGAAGGUGGCAAUUGAGGAGUUAAAUGAAGAUCCAAAGCGGGUGGAAGCUGAUUUGGCCACUUUUAAAGAAUGGAUUCUACAACAGCCCCAUUUAAAGGCCCGCAUGGAUGAUCAAUUUUUGAUAGCCUUUCUGCGUGGUUGUAAAUACAGUCUGGAAAAGGCCAAGGCCAAGCUGGAUAAUUUUUAUAGCCUGCGUGAAAAAUAUCCUGAAUUUUUGAAGAGACCCAAUUUGGAGGAUUCCAAGGUCAGGGAGUUACUGAAAUUGGGUAUUGUCCUCUACCUUCCCGAACCCAUGUCCGAGUCCGGUCCCCGCCUUGUUCUGGUGCGCAAUGGAGCCUAUGAUCCCAGUAAAGUCUCCUUUGGAGAGUUGGCCCAAAUGCGUCAACUUGUCUCGGACAUUGUAAUGAUGGAGGACGAUUAUGCCGUGGUCAGUGGCAUUAUAUUCGUCAUGGAUUUCAGUCAAGUCGGGGCCUCACAUCUCUUUCAAGUCAGUCCCAGUGUUAUGCGCAAAGUAUCACAGUAUUCCGAACAGGCCCUGCCCUUAAGAGUUAAGGCUUCUCACUUUAUUGACACACCGCCAGGAUUUGAACCUGUAUUCAAUUUAAUAAAACCCAUAUUACCUGAGAAAAUACAAAACAGAUUAUUUGUCCAUGGCGGCAAACGUGAAGAGCUGUUCAAAAUCAUACCCAAAAAAUUCCUACCCAAGGACUAUGGAGGUGAGGGUAAAAGUGUGCAAGAAUUAAUUGACUACUGGGAGGAAAAAAUCUUAUCAUACAUGGAGUUCUUUAAAGAAGAAAAUCAAUACGGCGCCGAUGAGUCGAAGCGAAUAAAAGAGGAGACCACAAAUCAAGCAGACACCUCACUGGGUUUGGUGGGUUCGUUCCGCAAACUUGUGGUAGAUUAAAUUAAUU